AUGCCAGGCACUGCAUACGAUCAUCGCGAAUCGUCUGUGCGAGACAGGGACAGGGACAGAGAUGGAGAGAGGCGGCGGGACACCAGAGACAGAGGGAGGGACCGCAGCGGAAGCGAAGAUGACGACACCGAGGAUCAGUCGACGGCGGAUGAACGAGAGAAGGAAAAGGAACGGGACCGCGAGAGAGACCGCGAUAGGGACCGGGACCGCGUGAGGCAGCGUCGUCAUCGGGACAGCUACAUAUCUCGCGCCAGUGGGCCGCCGCCACCACCCGUGCCAUCAUCGCCGCCCAACCGCCGCAUCAGCUUGACAGAGCGCCUCAAAGGGACUUUUCUGCGCCGGUCGUCCGUCAACGCAGACGGCGGACCUCCCUCCCCCACCGCGACGCGACGCGGCUCCUCCCACGCUGCCAACACCACAAGCGGCGGCGGCGGCAGCAACGGCCCGCCGAGCAGCAAGGGCUCCCCCAUCCCGCGGAUCCGCGAGUGGCUAGACACGUGUAACAACCAGCACGGGCGGCACUGCAACGGGGACAGCGAGUCGUCGCCGUCGGCGCCGGCCACGUUUCGCCCGCAAUUCCUCAUUGACGCGGCCGACAAGCGGCUGGUGCGGGCCAAGCCCGACGACCGGUACGUGGCGCUGAGCUACGUCUGGGGUCCGCAGCCGCGGGCGCACGGAGAUGAUGCGCCAGCACAGCUCACCAAGUCCAACCUGGACGAGUGGCUGCUGGCGCUUCCCGAGCAGAAUGUGCCGCAGACGAUUGCUGACGCCGUCUGGCUGGCGCGCAAGCUCGGCCUGCGCCACCUCUGGGUCGACCGCAUGUGCAUCGUGCAGGACGACGAGGCCGUCAAGGAGAACCACAUCCGCCACAUGGCCUUUGUCUUUGCCAACGCCUACCUGACCAUUGUCGCGGCCCACAACGACGUCAACACGGGCUUGCUGCCGCUCAACGUGCGCCGUCCCCGGCCACCGCGCGGAGGCGGCCCGCCGACCGCCGAUCACAACGACCUUCUCCUCGCCUCGCGCUGGAACACGCGCGGCUGGACCCUACAGGAACGCCUGUACUCGCGACGGGCCGUCUUCUUCUUCGAGGAAACGGUGACGUGGGAGUGCCACUGCGAUCUGUGGCAGGGCACCGGCACCGGCGCCGCCGGGUUCGCGCGCAACAUGUGGAAGGGCAAGAAGCCCGAAUGCACGCAUCGCAUCGCCUCCGCCGCGUUCGGCUUCCAGCACGCGCCGUGGCCCGACAUGGACGAGUACGCGCGGGUGGCAGCCGACUACAGCGCGCGGCGGGUGACGCUGGUCGACGAUACGCUGCGAGCGUUUGCGGGCAUCACGACGGUGCUGGCGCGCGCAUUCCCGGGCGGCUUCAUGUACGGCAUGCCGCUGCUUUUUCUCGACAGCGCACUGCUGUGGCGCCCGCAGGCGUCGAUUCGGCGGCGCGCCCUCUCGCGGCCGCCGUUCCUGCCGUCGUGGUCCUGGAUGGGCUGGUGGUUCGAUGGCGUCCGCGUGGACCUGACGCUGUGGAAGGCGGCCGCCGACUACGUCCAGGACACGCCCACAACGGGCAAGCGCGGACAGCCGGCCGCGCGCCGCUUCCAAGCGCCGAGCGCGUUUCGCAUCAAACCGACGGUCGUGUGGCAGCUCAGCGACCGCGCGAGGAGCGUGCCCGUGCCUAACACGGGUUUCCAGUUUCGGGAGCUGCGCGGGCGGCGAAACGCGGGCGCCCCGCUGCCGCCGGGCUGGUCUCGGAGCGGUUCGCACUUUGUACAUGACAGCGACGACGACACCGUCUUCAAGUACCCGGUGCCUGUCGAGGAUCCGCCCGAGCCCGGCGAGCACCCGCCGCUGCCCGGUGAGUUGACUUUUCCGGGCCCGCUACUGGCCUUUCGCACCAUGUCGGGCAUUUUCGACGUGGACUUUUCGGUAACGCUGUCCCCAAAGGACGUGGCCAACCCGCCGGUAGCGGUCGGCAACAUUUGGAGCCGCGGUCAUCGCUGGGUCGGCGAGUUUCGCGCGCACGACGGCUGGCUCGGCAUCCAGUCGUCCAACUAUGACGGCGACGAGAAGCUCGAGUUUAUCGCCAUCUCGUCGGUCGUGGAGCGCGGCGGGUCGCUCGUGUUUCCGCCGGACCGAUACGAGGAGCACGCCGACUCAAAAGGCUACCUGGAGGUGGUCAAUGUGCUGUGGAUUGAGCGCAUCGCGGGCGUGGCGUAUAGGAGAGGUAUUGGCCAUGUGAUGCAGAAGGCGUGGGAGGCGCAUGCGGUGGAUGAAAUGGACAUCUUACUUGGGUAA